AUGGCCGAGCCCAAAAAUGGUGAACAGGAGCCCAGAUUAGAAUCAAAUCCCGUCGAACAUGAUUUCGAGACUCAAUCUGCUGGCACAGCUUCUGAAAUACAGCCUGCAGAGGUUCCCGCGGAGCGCCCGUCCGCUGACGUCGUCGCGUCAUGGCUUCGCAUUCUGUUGGACCCAGCAAUGAACAGGGAGCCCGAGGAAUUUUAUCUGGAAAGAAACAUUCUUCGAAAAUACCGACAGGCUGCCCCGGAAUACUCGAAAGCCGCCCGGAGUUGGCCCUUGUACGCUGUCCAGUACUGGGAUACCGUUGGCCCAAUCGUGAAGCAGCUCUUUGCCCGCCAUUUCAACUUCAUGCAGUGGGCCCUCGAGUACGCGCGGGAAACCUAUCCAGAUAUCUAUGGCCCCCAAUCUCCAUCCAAUGACGCCAUUCUCGAUCUCACCGAUGUCCUGUACGACGGCACCUUCUCCCCGUUGCACGUCAGCGCAGCCCUAGGACUCGAACCGGCCUGUUUGGAGCUGAUGGACAAGCCCGAAGCGCCGGGUGCCAUGUUCCGGGAGCGCGCUGCGUCACCUCUAUUUUGCUCGCUUGCGGGACCUCAGAUCUUCACUUGCAGGACGUCUAUGGAAAAAUGGCAUCAAGUGAUCCAUCUGCAGUAUCCAGAGUUGCGCUCUCGCCUACCAGUCAUCCGCAAGCUGUUGGAGCUACAUCGUCAGAAGCACGUCCUCUACGAGUCAACCGGUCGGAAGGGACGCCUGUUAAUGUUUCUUGCAUUCCGCGCUACUGUCUUGACAGGAGACCACACCCUUUUGAAAUUUGUCUUGCAGGGGGGUGGCGACGCUAGGGCUCUUAUUGACUUGAUCAACGAUGACGAGUUCUCCUACUAUCAGCCCGCCGAUGCAACAAUCACAUCCAAGAUCUUGAGCAGUAUUCUCGAUUUAGUCCUUGCGCCGUCCAAGCUGAAUCUAAUCGAGCGAGACAGGCAAGCACUCAUCAACGCCAUCCACGACGCCUUUCUCGUCAAUGCAGGCGCUCGUGUGACGUCUGGCCAGGUCGACAUUACAGAUGCCGAGUUUCAGGAAGCGCUGAAUGAUGCCUUCCUGGACGAUAGCAUCAUUUGCUUCCGACGCCUUGUCCACCACCCCAGUUUCGACCCCAAUGCCGCCUCCCCGACCGGCCCAGCGAACGGCACCUUGCUUCACCAUGCUGUGUGCGACGGCCUCGUCGAAUUCGCCGAUGUCAUUGUCGAAAAUGGCGGCAAUUUGGACGCGCGCGACCACAUGGGACGUACCCCGCUCUUGCUGUGCAACGACACCGAAACCCUGGCCAUGCUUGUCAAGGAGCACGGCGCCAAGACGACAGCGGUAGAUCACGAAGGUCGCAACAUUUGGCACUAUGCCGCAUCGACCAACGAUGUUCCGAUCCUCAUGUGGCUUGCGGGGCACGACUCAUGCAAACUCGAAAAUCUCAAGGCCCUGACAAGACAAGAUGCCACGCCCAUGGACCUGGCCUUGAAGAGUGGCUUGGAGUCGCUCGACGCCAACGAUAAGACGCGGCUAGAUGCUACUAUAGUGUUGCAGGUUCUCCUCAGCAAUGACGCGCCACAUGUCAAAGCUAUUGACGGCAUGAGUGCCGAGGUGGCCAUUUCGAAAAUUCUCAAGAGCCAGCCACGUCCAGCAUUUGACAGCCACGGGAUCACUACCAUGGGCAACCUACUUCGAGACAAUUCCGUAUAA